UUUAUCUUUCGAAAUGAAGACCUGUAUAUUAAUUUCAAUCCUCGUUAUUGGUGUUGUGACUUUAUCUAACGGCAUACCAGUUGCACCUGUAAAGAAAGACACCGUUUCUGCAAGUCCGAUAAAUACAGAAAAACAUGCAAAUACUUUUUCAACAAAAAGGAAAAAGACAAACAACUUUUCUUAUAUCAACGCAAUAGCUGAGAAGAAUGGAGUAAACAUGAAAGAGUUUUCUUAUAAAAAUCAAAAUUUUAUUAAUUCAUUGAAAACAAAAUUGAAUUCUGGGAAUCAAGAUAAGUUGAAGUUUUCCUACACUGAGGCUUUGAAGAAAUACAUUCAAGCCCAUGGCAAAAGUCAAGGUACAAAGCAAAUCACUUCUGUGGCAAAUUUAAUGAAAAUUUUAGACGUCGUUAAAGCAGAUGUUGGACAUCCCGCUGUUAAUAAAGCUAUAGCUGCAAAAAGUACUAUAGCUUCAGUUCAAAGUCCACAGACUGUAAACUCUUUUGGAAAUCAGCAGUUUGGUAUCUCAAACAAUAACGCUGCUUCACAGCAGUCGGGUAUCUCAAACAAUAACGUUGCCUCACAACAGUCCAGUAUCUCAAGCAAUAACGCUGCCUCGCGGCAGUCCAGUAUCUCACAUAAUAACAUUGCCUCACAGCAGUCUGGUAUCUCACAUAAUAGUAUUGCUCAAAGGCAGAUCGGUAUCUCAAACAAUAACGUUGCUUCACAGCAGUCGGGUAUCUCACAUAAUAACAUUGCUCAAAGGCAGAUUGGUAUCUCAAACAAUAACGUUGCUUCACAGCAGUUUGGUAUCUCAAACAAUAACGUUGCUUCACAGCAGUCGGGUAUCUCACAUAAUAACAUUGCUCAAAGGCAGAUUGGUAUCUCAAACAAUAACGUUGCUUCACAGCAGUUUGGUAUCUCAAACAAUAACGCUGCUUCAAAGCAGUUUGGUAUCUCAUACAACAACGUUAUUUCAAAGCUGUCCGGUAUUUCAAACAACAAUGUUGCAUCGAAGCAAACAGUGAUAUCUGCCGCAGGAACUCCUAAACCUAUUCAGCAGUCUACCCUACCCACAAAAGCCACGACUGAACAACAGGAAACGGAAGCUCCUGACUCAGAACAAACAGCAACAACUAUGUCAUCGAUAGGUCAACAAUCCCGGUGUUAUUGUAUGGAAAAAUGUUUGAGCAGUACAGUUUCAGAGGGACAAUGUGGCAAACCAAACUCCUCGGGUAUCCGAAAGUCAAAGUGUUGCACUCCAAAAGGAGGCGGAUCUAGUAUCGAAGUAGGUGAAGCGGAAGAAGAAUUAGAGUGAAGUAAAAUAUUAACACGCUUAUAAUAUAUGAUUUUUCUCACGUCUGUUA